AUGACUGUCCGUGCCCCUGGAGGCCCACGCGGCCACUGCCGCCGGAUAGUGUGCGGAAUAGGAUCCUCGGAGCCUUUGACACAAAGACAGUUGCCGGCAGCUCUGAUGGCUUCGUCUAGGCGAUCGGACGACGUGGAGCAAAGCCGCCAGUCCCCAUUGCGAAGAAUGUCCUUGGAAACCAUCCCUAUCCCUAUCCUUUGCCCACAUCGGCCCGCUGUGCCUACGGCCGAUAGCAACGCCCCACCGGCCGAUGUACAAAUGUUUCGCAGUCCUGGACCAUUUGAAGCCAUCCAGUCUCAGCAAGGUUGUAAGAGAGAAGAACCGACGAGCGGUCCCUGGCUGACCUGGCUUUCGAAGACCGGCCUAACGAGAGGAGAGACGCGAAGAAGAGCAUUUGGCCCGCGGCGGCCAGCGGGUUGCACAAAAUAUGAUGCGCAUUGCCGUCGCAGGUGGAGGUGGACUCGGUUACCUGCUGGCGCUGCAGCUUUCGCAGGCAGCCAACGCUUACAACGUUGUCGUUUUAUCAAGAUCUGUUGGUUUGCCCAACCUCAUCCCUGGCGCUCGGGUUACCAUGUUAAUGUGGCACAGGCAAGACCGGAAUUCGGCCAGCUCGACGUCCAACUCCAUGUUGUCGACUACAGUGAUCACGACAAGUUGACCUUUGCUCUUCAGGGCGUGGAUCUGGCCAUAUCGACUAUAUCGGGGACGGAGCAGCUCAGCCUCAUCAACGCGGCAGGACGUGCUCGCGUGCGUGUCUUCGUGCCGUCGGAAUUUGAGGGGAGUUUGAGCCGGCGACCAUCACACAACGACCCGUUGGACCGCGGGUCGACCCAAGCAAUCGCUCUGCUGAAACAAUGGGAGAGUGCGUCCCGCAUGAAAUACACCGUCUUUGCGUGUGGCAUCUUUAUGGAGCGAUUUCACCCCUACGGCCUCGGGUACCUCAACAUUGGAUACGGCAGCGGCGUUUCGGCAGUGGGAGACUACCUCCUCGACAUCAACCAUGCAACAGCGGAAUAUGCGGCGGAAAACUCCAAGGGGCACACAGUCCGGGUGUGCUUAACAUCGGUCUACGACGUGGUGCGGUUCAUAGUAGCGGCCAUAGACUUGGGGCCUCGAAAUUGGCCACACGAAUUCACCAUGCGGGGGGACAGAAUGUCUGUUCGAGACGUUGUCGGGACAUGCAGUCGCGUCAGGAACGUGGCCUUUGAUCAUCACAUGCGGCAAAGCUCUGAGCUCCAGUCAUACUUGGCUUACUUUGUUCAGGCUGGUGACGGAGAUAAAGUUGCAUACUACCAGCGCCUCAUUGCCACGACAAACGGACGCUAUGAUUUUUCACGGGCCUCGCUGAAUGAUGCCUUGGAAAAGAGUGGCCAGGGGGACGUACAACCCAUGACCCUGUUGCGGUGGCUAACAAACGUCUGGCAGUCCUUAUGA